AUGCCAGGGGUCCCAUCGGGCAAGGCGUGUGAGGCGUGCCGGAGGCAGAAAAAGAAGUGUGACGAGAAACAGCCCUCUUGCGGCCGCUGUCUCCGCUUGAAGAUCAAAUGCGAAGGCUCAGGCCAGCGACGCUACAAGUUCCAGCAGGAAAAUCAAUUCGUCAAGAAGUUUCAGACCCAUCAUCAAGCAAAACCGUUGCCAUCAGCCACCCACUCGGACUUGACGCCUUUCAAUGGUGCUCUCGGCUCGCAUGAUCGCUCUAGUCCCGGGUAUUUCAUUCCAGGAGACUUGACGAAUAGCACUGCCAAAUUGGCCAGUGCUUUCCUCAAGACAGUUGACUAUUCCACCGACUUUCGGUGGAACCUUGCCUGGAGCUUUGGCCUCUUUAUGCAGGACAUUCCUCGCCGACUUGGAACGAACGAUGCAUUGGACCGUGCGGCAGAAGCCGUAGCGAGCGCACACGCCGAUCUUUGUAAUCACCUGCAUGGAACUGUGCGGACUUUGACCAAAUAUACGGCUGCACUGCGCACGCUCCGAGUUUAUCUGGAUGAUCCGGUCCAUGCGCACGAGUCCAACACGUUCGCAGCAGUGAUGCUUCUUCUUGUCUGUCACACAUUGAUUGGUGCUCAUAAUAGCCUGCAUUGGUCUGGGCACGCACAGGGUGCGAUUCAGAUCCUCAAGGCUCGGAAGAACUUUGGCCCUCGUGACGACUUUGAGGCGAAAAUGCAGUUGUGCUUGUCAGGGACGGUGCUAUUUGAAGGGAUCUUCAACAGAAAUAUUGAGCUCUGCCAAGAAGAAUGGGAUACCCUCAUCACCAUCAAGUAUGACGUAAACAAAGCCGAAGGGCGCUUACUCUUGAACCUCUCUCGAGUUCCCGACCUCAUGCGUCGAGCCAAAGUCCUUCUUCGUACCGGACUCGACACCACUGGCGUCCUUGACGAACUAUGGGCCAUGUAUCUCACCUGCAAACUCGACGUUGACCAUCUCAAACAAGCUCGAAUCACAAAGGAUCUUUCGGUGAUUCAAGGCCUCCCACCUGGCCCCCGCAAGACCUGGAUCGAACGUCUUCUCCUCGUGCACAAUGAUCGUGUCUACGGCCUCGGCAUCGUUAUCUCCCUCUUAUUCAACUGCAUGCUGCAGUCCCUCGACGUGCACUCCGCCUCUCUCCAAGCCGAUGCUUACAAAUACGUCGAGGAACUCCUUGUCCUUAAUGACGAAUCAGAAUGCUUGCGUCCCGUUGGUUCGGGAUAUAUGAUCCUUUGCCUGAGCGUGGCGUGGGUGGCUACUACUGACCCUUUGCAGCGCAAAACUUUGAAGCAAUGGCUAUAUGAGUACCAGCACGAUUUCAAUUUCUCGCAGCAGAGCUCUUUGUUGGAUGAUUUGAAGUUGAACUCGGAUCAUCUGAGAUUGGGUGUUGAGGUGGACUGGCCAGCUCUUCAUAAAUCCUGGUCGAGCAGUUCGGCUUCGUCGAGCGUAUAA